CUUAACACUUAAUGUUAGUAGAAUGCUUGGAACUCAAAAAACAAUCAUAUCUACUAAUAAAAGAAUCAAAGCCCAUAAACCUAAUGGUAAUAGUAAAAGAGCUAAAAAAAGGAAAUAUGUUGUAUCUAUCAAAGUUAAUGAAAGCGAUUCAAAUUUAUCAGAAAGAAGUA